CUUCGUUUUCUGUCGUGUUGGAUUGUUGUGAAUGGCCGGAAGACGUGCAGACGCUUGUUAACACGCUCAUUGAUCAACAUAUCAGUAAUAGUUCAUAAGGACAAUUCACGGGUAGGCGCAUUAUACACUUCGUAUAUCAUCGAUAACUUUAUAAUGAUGUCUUUAGAAGCUAUUUGAUUCUCUUACCUGGUAUCACCAUCGGAUAUUGCGAGUUCUGAAGCGACAGAAAAAACCCACCCUAGCGCUUCGAGAGAUAAUCAUAAUCUUCAAACACAUCAAACCUGAUUUUGUUUACGAUUCAUUUUGUGUCCAUUGUACCCACUAGAAGGAUAUUUGGACGAUUUUGUUUCCAACAAUGGACUUUCUCGUGACGUCACUUCCGUAUUUAUUUCUGAUGGCUACAGCUGCCCAGACAUUCAGUGUGUCCUUCACCAACCCGUCAACUCUGUAUAUUCCAUACAAAUACAACGGAAGCGAACCUGUGUACCAGGUUGAUGAAGACAUUAUAGAGCAGAUAGCCUACGACUCAAGUGAUAAACUUGUAUACGCUGUAGGUGGAUCAAUGGUGAACGUUAUUGACAUAUCGAAGCCGGAGAAUAUGAGAAUUCUUCAUCACUUCACACUAGACAAUGUGGAACUGACAGACGUAGAGACGUGCGGACGUCAUGUUUUCGUCUCUUACGAAAGCCUAUCUGUCAAAGAGUCCGGGAACGUUCUUGUGUAUGAGAAUUACAAUAAAAAAGAGAGUACAAUGCAUUUAAUACACAACAUUACAGUGGGUUCGAUGCCGGAUAUGAUCCUCCCCACACAUGACUGCAGCCGUAUUGUAGUUGCCUUGGAAGGGCAAGCUUAUAUUUCCGGAGGAGCCGUGGUCGAUCCUCCUGGAGGAGUCGGUAUAAUCACCUUCCCAGAUGGAUUUAGGAAAGACAAAGAAGUCAGCUACACUGAAUUGGAUUUCAUGAAUUACAACAACAGAGUGGCCGAUCUCGAGAAAACAGGAGUAAGGUUUGUGUAUCGAGAAAACAACAAUUCAUUUUCCAACGACGUGGAGCCAGAAUACUUGGCCAUCAACAAAGACAGCACGACGGCAUACGUUGGACUUCAGGAAAACAACGCCAUUGCUGUAGUGGAUUUAACACAGAUGAACAUAACGAGUAUCCAUGGAUUGGGUUUCAAAAAUUGGAACAAUUCCCUUCUAGACCCGAGCGACAGAGAUGGCGGAAUCAAGAUGAGUGCCUGGCCCAUAUAUGGGAUGUAUUUACCAGACGCCAUUAAGCUCGUCACGUGGAAAGGCGUGGACUAUAUUGUGACGGCCAAUGAGGGCGAUUCUAAGGACUAUGACGACGUCUGGACAGAAGAGAGAAGAGGUCAUGAUUUCACAGAUGCAAUGCUUUCUCCAGAAGUUGGUGAUGAUCUUAGGUCAGCCCUCAAGAAUGACUCCCAGCUGGGCAGGCUGAAAUUCACCGAUGCUACAGGGAAAAACUCAAACGGUACGUUUGACGCCCUCUACACUUUCGGAGGUCGGAGUUUCUCCAUCUUGCGGGCCGACACCAUGGAAAGGGUUUACGACAGCGGUGACGACGUCGAACGAAAGUUAAACCAGCACAGACCAGAAAUAUUCAACAGCAAGUUCGUCAAGUCCAAGACUCCUUUUAAAACCAGGGACUCGAGGUCACAGUUUAAGGGACCAGAAACUGAGUCGCUCACGUAUGGAAUAGUAGAUGAUCAUCUACUUCUGUUCAUCGGCAACGAGCGACCCGGAUUCGUAUCAGUCUACUCAGUGGCAGACGACAUCACCAAGCCUCACUUUGAGUUUCUCUAUGACGGUAUCGGUGACGUCAAAAUGACGUUUCAACAACUGUACGACCAGAGGAAGUUGAAUGCAAUGGAUCCUGAAGACAUCAGAUUUGUGGACGGGUCUUCGAGUCCAACAGGAAAGCCCAUUUUACUGAUUACAGGAGCCGUCAGUGGAACUUUAACUAUCGUGAACGUGGACGUAACAACCACACCAUCGUCGGCAGUAAAACCAGAUGGUUUAGGUCCGACUACGAUGAUACUUUUGGCUGCUGUCUGCUGGCUCGCGGGUCGUCACAGUCACUGAUUCACAGCCGAAAAGCCCUACAUGUCAUUGCUCAAACUGUGUGAUUUGUUUUUACCACAGACACACAAACACAUAAACUCAUGCAGUCACACAGUACAGACACUAACACACAUACGCUUGUGCACUCACAACACAUGCACGUUUGCGCGCACAUACACACAGAGACACAGACGCAUACAUAAUGCUCGUACACUCACACAGGCACAAACACACACACGCACACGCACAUACACACACACAUACACAGAGGUAUACAUACAUACAUAUAUGCAUACACAAACACAAAUACAUCAUACGCCUUUAUAACCUGAAUUAGCGUCAUAUUUCGCCGCUUAAGAUACACUAGAAAGAAAAGUGUUCAAAUUGAGACUCCCGAUGGCGAGUCAUAGGGAUGCUUGAAUGUGGAACCUCGUAGCAUGACGUCGCACGUCCAUUCAACGUCCACAAAAAUACCAUAUGGCACUUAUGGCAACGAUAUCAACAAAACAACCAGGUCAGGGACCGUCCCCGUAGCGACCGACCACCCGUGACAACCCGUCACCAAGACACAUGGAUCCGAACCACGCAUCUGCGAAA